CGCUUAUCGCAUGCUUGAACAUCUGGUUCUAUAAACUUGAAAAACAACUUUAAUAUUUUAUACAAACUGUUUUUAUUGAAUGCAUAUUAGCUAAAUCAGCUGUUAUUUAUCUUCGUCAACUAUUGACGUAUACUAGUACAGGUACUCGUCACUUGCUUACGUUAUUGUUUCUUUGCCUUUUUUUGUAAUUUUAACUCUUUGCUUCAUCUUAAACACCUUUCUGCUUACUCAGUAUGUCCGAUGCAAAGGUUAAGGAGCUGAUAAAGAAGCGUGGCAGCUUCAAAGCCAAGCUUACACAUUUUAGUAACUUUUUAAAAUUUCUGCCUGACACCGAGUUAGACAGUUUUCAAACAGCAGAGCUACAAAGCCGUCUUAGCCUAAUGCAAAUACUUUAUAAGGAGUAUGACGUGUUACAGACCGAGCUGGAAAUUUUGUCGGAGAACGCCGACGACAUGUAUGCCGAAAGGGAGCAGUUCGAGGCGCAGUUCCAUGCGCACGUGGCGCGCGCGCAAACCAUUCUGGUUCCUGUGCGUGCAUCUUCGCCUGCACUCGAGUCUGCCAUUUCCACUGACGCUCUUCAGCACCGCGGACCUGACUGCAGGCACGACUUUGUUCGUCUGCCUAAGAUAGACUUGCCUCAUUUCGACGGGGACUAUCAGCACUGGCUCGAAUUUAGAGAUACGUAUAUUUCCCUAAUCCAUGUUAAUUCCAGCAUACAAAAAAUAAACAAAUUCCAUUAUUUACGUGCAGCCCUAAAAGGUAGUGCAUCUUUAAUUAUAAAAAGCAUUGAUUUUAAAGCUGAUAAUUAUGAUUUGGCAUGGCAAUUGUUGAUCGAAAGAUACAAUAAUGAAAAAAUACUUAUAAAUAAUCACGUGCAGGCAUUAUUUAAAUUUGAACAUAUAAAACAAGAAUCUUGUAGUCAAUUGCGCAACAUGAUUGAUGUAACUAAUAAAAACAUACGUGCUUUGUUAACAUUAGGGCAGUCUUGUGAGCAUGGGGGUCUUGGAGAAACCCUUACAAUUUAUAUUAUGUCAGAAAAACUUGACAGAGCCACACGCAGGGAAUGGGAGGAAUAUAAAAAUAAUUUAGAUUCAUUUCCAACUUUAAAGGAAUAUAUUAAAUUUUUAAAUAACAGAGCUGACUUUUUGGACUCCUUAAAUUACAACAGAAACACCACAUUUUCAAAUAAUACAAACACUAAAUAUUCUAACGACUACAAUAAAUCAAAAACAUAUCAUACAAUAAUAACAAAACCUAAACCUACUUACAAUAAGGACGACAUUAAAUGUCCAGCAUGCUCUCAAAAUCAUUUUUUAUUUAGCUGUCAAACAUUCAGAAACUUAGAUAUUGAAUCAAGAUUUAAAAAGGCGAUAGAAAGCAAUGUUUGUUUAAAUUGCCUUCGACCUGGUCAUACAGCGAAGCGUUGCAGUUUAUCACAUUGCAAAUAUUGUAAAGUGAAACACAAUACCCUUUUACACAAGGAUUCAUCUACAGAACAACAGGCAGGACACAGUGUUGCGUUAUCUACCAAUGUUACUUUACCCUACUCAGAUACUAAUAACUUUACAAUUUUACUAUCCACAGCCUUGGCAAAGGUGUCCGAUGUCAAUGGUGAACUUCAUACUGUCAGACUCCUGUUGGACAACGGCAGCACCUCAAACUUCGUGACCCGAGAGCUCUGUGAGAAACUUGGCCUGGUAACGUACAGCACUAACUCCACUGUCUCAGACGCCUCCGAACGUGCUUAUGGCGCAUGUAUCUACAUGAGAACGAUAACAGUCGAUGGAAUAGUUUGCGUUCGCCUGUUAGCUUCAAAGAACCGGGUAGCCCCUAUAAAACCCACAACUAUACCAAGAUUAGAGUUGUGUGGUGCUUUAUUGGGUACAAGACUUUUUCUGAAGGUACGUAAAUCACUUACUCUAAAAUUUCAUCAUUGUUAUUUUUGGUGCGAUUCAACGAUCGUUCUAGGAUGGCUGAAAACAUUGCCAAGUCGCCUCGAACAAUUUGUUCGCAAUAGAGUGAGUGAAAUCCAAGAAGCUACGAACGGCCAGACAUGGAAUUAUGUGCCAUCUAAAAGCAACCCCGCCGAUCUCGCUUCUCGGGGGGUGAAGGCUGAUUGCAUCAGCUCAUCCACUCUUUGGUGGUCAGGCCCUGAUUUCAUUAAUCAAAGUGAGAUUCAAUUUCCUACUUUACAAAAUAAUAAUACGCAUUUAUUACCAGAAUUAACGUUACACACAACAGCUGACAUGCAUAACAUAACUAACAUUAAUUUAAUUUCCAGUUUAAUUCAUAAUAAAUCUUCAUUUACGUUAUUGAUCAGAGUAGUGGCCUAUAUAAAAAGAUUUAUAAAUAAUUGUAAAAAACCGAAUAAUAAACAAUCAUCUUACCUAACAGUAUCAGAGUUAAAAUCGUCACAAAAUCUUUUAUUACAUAUUUCCCAGCAGGAAAUGUUCCCUGAGGAAUAUACAUGUCUUAAAUCUAAUCAGCCCUUACAUAAAAAGAAUCGAUUAAUAAGUCUUUCUCCAUUCAUUGAUUCAGACAAUCUAAUACGCGUUGGUGGACGUCUUAACAAUUCACAUUACAGCUACGAUGUUAAACAUCCUAUACUAUUAUGUAGCAAACAUCAUAUAACACAACUUAUAUUUGAAAACGAACACAUUGUACUGUUUCAUGCAGGGCCUCAAUUACUCUUAGCUCACAUAAGACUGUCUUACUGGCCUCUGGCGGGCAGGAACUUAGCCAAGCAUAUAGUGCGUAAGUGUGUUCGUUGUACUCGGAUCAAGGCUCAGCCUGUACAGAUUGUCAUGGGCGACCUGCCACAGGAUAGAACCCAUCUCGAGUAUCCCUUCUUGAACACAGGUCUUGACUACGCCGGGCCAGUGCUGAUAGCCAAUCGUAGGGGUAGAGGAUGUCAGUUACUUAAAUCUUAUAUUUGUGUGUUUGUGUGCUUUGCAGUCAGAGCCGUUCAUUUGGAGCUGGUUUCCGACCUGACCAAGGAGGCUUUUCUUGCGGCCUUCAGCCGAUUCAUUAGCCGUCGUGGGAAGCCUCAGCGCGUGUACUCCGACAAUGGCACAACAUUUGUGGGAGCUUUCAAUGAGCUGUCACGUUUCUUUGAGGUUUCAUCAAAAGACAUAGAAUCAGCCGUUGCAAACAAAGGCAUCGAAUUUAAAUUUAUACCAGCCUACAGCCCACAUUUCGGUGGCAUUUGGGAGGCAGCAGUAAAAUCCACAAAACAUUUACUUCGUAGAGUCAUGAGCUUAACUCACCUUACUUAUGAGGAGCUCUCUACUUGUCUGGUUCAGAUAGAGGCUAUAUUAAAUUCCAGACCCUUAACUCCUCUAUCCUCUGAUCCUUCUGAUCUAUCUUAUCUUUCUCCUUCCCAUUUCCUUAUCGGACGGCCACUCACUUCAGUCCCUCGUCCAUUAUUGACUGACGCCAACAUCCAGCGACUGCAGCGUUUCGAUCGCGUUGAGAAACUGAGACAACAUUUUUGGAAACGCUUUUGUAAUGAGUAUGUGUCUCUUCUGCAGCAGAAAACCAAAUGGCAAACAGCUGGACAAGACCUGAAGACUGGCACCAUGGUCUUAGUGAGGGAUGCCAAUCUCCCUCCUCUUCUCUGGCUGCUGGGCAGAGUAGUAGCAGUUAAAACUGGCUCGGACGGACAUUGUCGAGUCGCUGACGUUCGUACGAGGAAAGGCAUCAUCACACGUGCCUACAACAACAUCUGCCCUCUUCGGGUGGCGUAACAUGAACUUGAAGCCUUCUCUUCAACCCGGGGAGUAUGUUCCUGACGUCACAUCGGGCUCACCACCAUACGUGGCCCGCGACUGCUGCGAUCGGCGGUCAUUCAUUCACUCGCUCGCCCGGCACGACGCCGUGCGCACAUAUCGGUUGACCCUUACAAUCAGUACCUAUUUAAAUACAGUCUUCUCAUCAUACCGAAGUCUUUUAUUAUUCAAGA